AGAAAAAAAGAGAGACGAGGAGGAGGAGAAAAAAGAGAAAGAGGAGGAAGGAGAAGGAGAGGAGGAGGAGAAGAAAGAGAGGGAGGAGGAAGAAAGAGGAGGAGAAAAAGAGGAGGAGGAGGAGGCGGCAAGAAGCAGGGAGCGGCUGUUACGCCCGUCGGACUCCGCCGCCCUCGCGCGCCUGCCCCGCUUUCCGUGCCCGGGCUGGGUCUCUUGGGCUCGGCCGGCCGGCCGGAGGCGGAGGGAAGAUGGCCGGGGCCGAGGCGGGGCCGAACGCCGCCGGGCUCCGGGAACAGCCGCCGGGGGAUCCCGGGGGCGCCGUGGUGCUUCCAGCCCCCCAUGCCACCCAGGGCGAAGAGUCGUCGGACAGCGAAGGGGAGCCCGAAGGACCGCAGAAACUCAUCCGCAAAGUCUCCACCUCGGGCCAGAUCCGGAGCAAGACCAGUAUAAGGGAAGGUCUGCUCUUGAAACAAACCAGUUCUUUUCAAAGAUGGAAAAGGCGCUACUUUAAACUCCGGGGCCGAACUCUUUACUAUGCCAAGAACUCCAAGUCCUUAAUAUUCGAUGAGGUUGACCUGUCGGAUGCCAGCGUGGCUGAAUCGAGCACCAAAAAUGUCAACAACAGCUUCACGAUAAUCACCCCGUUUCGGAGGUUGAUAUUGUGUGCGGAGAACAGGAAAGAGAUGGAAGACUGGAUUAGUUCGCUCAAGUCUGUCCAGUCCCGAGAACAUUAUGAGGCAGCUCAGUUUAACGUGGAACAUUUCUCAGGGAUGCACAACUGGUAUGCUUGUUCCCACGCCAGGCCCACGUUCUGCAACGUCUGCCGUGAGAGUUUAUCUGGAGUCACUUCCCACGGUUUGUCUUGCGAAGUAUGCAAGUUCAAGGCUCACAAAAGAUGUGCCGUUCGGGCAAUAAAUAAUUGCAAAUGGACAACGUUGACUUCAAUUGGAAGAGAUAUCAUUGAGGAUGAAGAUGGUGUAGCCAUGCCUCAUCAGUGGUUAGAAGGCAAUCUUCCGGUCAGUGCCAAAUGUGCGGUGUGCGACAAAACCUGUGGCAGUGUUCUCCGCCUACAAGAUUGGAAGUGCCUGUGGUGUAAGACAAUGGUGCACACGGCGUGCCGAGACUCGUAUCCGCGCAAGUGUCCCCUCGGGCAGUGCAAAGUCUCAAUUAUUCCACCCACAGCGCUGAACAGCAUAGAUUCGGACGGUUUCUGGAAAGCCACCUGUCCACCCAGCUGUGCCAGUCCUCUCUUGGUUUUUGUGAAUUCGAAGAGCGGAGACAACCAAGGCGUGAAAUUUCUCCGGCGCUUCAAGCAGUCCCUAAACCCAGCUCAGGUUUUCGAUUUAAUGAACGGGGGACCCCACUUAGGUCUACGAUUGUUUCAGAAGUUUGACAAUUUCCGGAUCCUGGUGUGUGGGGGAGAUGGGAGUGUCGGCUGGGUAUUGUCUGAAAUUGAUAAACUCAACCUACACAAACAGUGUCAUUUGGGAGUGUUACCGCUUGGGACAGGAAAUGACCUUGCCCGGGUCCUCGGUUGGGGAGGUUCCUGCGAUGACGACACACAACUGCCUCAAAUUUUAGAAAAAUUAGAACGAGCUAGCACCAAAAUGCUUGACAGGUGGAGCAUCAUGUCGUAUGAACUGAGGAUACCAUCCAAGCAGUGUAUCCUUCCAGUCACUCCUGAAGAAGACUCCGAAGACUGUCAGAUGUCUGCGUAUGAGGAUUCAAUUGCCACACAUCUGACAAAGAUCCUUGAUUCUGAUCAACACUCCGUUGUGAUAUCAUCUGCCAAAAUCUUGUGUGAAACCGUGAAAGGAUUUGUGGCCAAAAUAGGGAAGACGUGCGAAAGACCAGAGGAAAAUACAGAAACGGACGCCAUGGCUAUUAAAUGCUCGGAACUGAACAAGAAGUUAAGCCUCCUGCUACAGGCUCUCCACGCUGAAACCCAGGUUACUCCAAGCCUUCCCCACCUGGCUACGACCCCCAUCGCUGAGGAAGAACCGGACGAGUCAUCGAGCGAAGAAUCUUUGUCGGACGCCAAGGAACUGUUGACCGAGAACAACGCAGCUUCUCCGACACAACAGAUGUUCAAGUCCCGAGAGCAGCUGAUGCUACGGGCCAACAGUUUAAAGAAAGCUCUGAGACAGAUAAUUGAGCAAGCAGAAAAAGUGGUGGAUGAACAGAAUGCACAUAGUGAAGAUCAGAUCAACCAGGUCACGAUGGAGUAUAAUAAGGAAUUAGAGGAAUCCAAGGAAGAAAAAGACGAAGACACCAAAGAAUAUGAAUCUCAUCCGAUCCCAGUCGGUGUUGCCAGCAAGGAAAAUCUUCCAGUCCUGAACACAAGAAUAAUUUGUCCAGGUCUGAGAGCAGGACUUGCUGCCUCUAUUGCAGGAAGCUCCAUUAUCAGCAAAAUGUUACUGGCAAAUAUUGAUCCGUACGGCGCCACCCCUUUUAUUGAUCCUGACCCAGAAUCGCUGGAAGGCUAUUCAGAGAAGUGCGUCAUGAACAAUUAUUUCGGCAUCGGGUUGGAUGCAAAGAUUUCAUUAGAAUUUAACAACAAGCGGGAGGAGCAUCCUGAAAAAUGCAGAAGCAGGACCAAGAACAUGAUGUGGUACGGAGUCCUUGGUACUAAAGAGUUGUUACAACGGACUUACAAAAACUUAGAGCAGAAAGUUCAACUCGAGUGCGAUGGGCAAUAUAUUCCUCUUCCUAGCCUUCAAGGCAUAGCCGUUUUGAACAUCCCAAGCUACGCUGGUGGGACCAAUUUCUGGGGUGGAACCAAAGAAGAUGAUAUCUUCGGGGCGCCAUCAUUCGACGAUAAAAUAUUGGAGGUGGUGGCGGUAUUUGGCAGCAUGCAGAUGGCCGUUUCCCGAGUGAUCAAGCUCCAACAUCAUAGAAUAGCCCAGUGCAGGGCUGUGAAGAUCACCAUACUUGGGGAUGAAGGCGUCCCCGUGCAAGUCGAUGGGGAAGCUUGGAUUCAGCCCCCAGGCAUCAUUAAAAUUGUGCACAAGAACCGGGCGCAGAUGCUAACGCGAGACAGAGCCUUUGAAAGCACGUUAAAAUCCUGGGAAGAUAAACAGAAGUGUGAUUCUUGCAAACCAGGGUUACGGUCCCCGUUGUAUCCUCACCAGGCAGUGGAACUGGCUUCGGAGGAAGAGAUGACGCAGAUCCAGGCUUGUUCUCAGGUGGCGGAAGAGCUCAUCACCAGAAUCUGUGAAGCUGCCAAAACUCAUAGCCUCUUGGAGCAAGAGCUAGCUCAUGCGGUGAAUGCUUGUUCUCAUGCUUUAACCAAAGGCGGACCGAAAUUCCCUGAGAGCCUUACCAGAAAUACCGCGCUGGAAAUAGCUGCCACUGUGAAGGCAUUACAUGAUGAAACGGAAUCCUUGUUAGUUGGAAAGGUCUCCUUGCAAUUGGAAUCCCCUUGCGAGGAGUUGCUGGUGUCGGCGGUGCACAAUCUGGAGACCGAACUGAGAAAGUUGGGCGAAAUUCCUUGGCUCUGCUAUAUUCUGCAGAUGAACGAUGACGAGGAUCCUCCUUUGGAAUACUGUAAAAGAAACAGCCGAAGUACCGUGUUUCGUAUAGUGCCAAAGUUUAAAAAGGAAAAGGUUCAAAAACAGAAGACUAGCACCCAGCCUGUUCAGAAAUGGGGCACGGAUGAAGUCGCUGCUUGGUUGGACCUGCUGAGUUUGGGAGAAUACAAAGAAACCUUCAUCAGCCACGACAUCCGAGGGGCCGAGCUUUUGCACCUGGAGAGGCGAGACCUGAAGGAUUUGGGGAUAACGAAAGUGGGUCAUAUGAAGCGAAUUCUUCAGGGAAUUAAAGAAUUUGGCAGGAGCCCACCGUUACCGGAACUGUAGCUGUGCCCGCGGCUCCGUCGAGGAAGUGCUACUUUACACAACGGUGUAGAAGGACGCGGGUUCCUCCCCGGCGAGUAAAUGCCAGGUUGUGAGAAGAGCAUUAACUCUGAUCGGGGCGAGGUUUGAUGAACGAGUUGAAUGCGAGUAUCCAAAAGGUUUUGUGGGUCUCAAUCAAUCUUUUAAUGACCCGAUAAUCCCUUUGCGGGGUGGACUCUUGGCAACUAUAUGGAGCUGAGUGUUUACUAGCCGGAUGCCCUUCCUGUCGCCAGUGCGGAGUUUUGUCCAGCAGAUAUAUUCUCAUUGUGGCCAGAGAGAGAAAUAUCUGCCUCUACCUAGGAUCGAACUCACAGCCUCCUGAUUGUGAGGUGAGAGCUCCACCUCUAAGCCACCGCAUCAUUCGUUUGUGGGUCUAAAAAAGGCUGUGAAAUAUAUUACAAGAAGUAAUCAAAAUGUCUCCAUUACAGUAAAAAAAACCAACAACCCAAAAAACCCACGUUUCCUGGGUAGCAUGUACGUUAUUUGGACGCUGGUAAUCCACCCAGAUCCAUUCAGUUUCUUUCAAUUUGCAAAUGACAAAUCAUUUUACAAAAUGAGAUCGUUCUGUGUGACAAAUACUCAAAGCCUAACUUUAUCCAGAGCCUCCAGUGUCUUCGUAGACUCGAUCCCAUCCGGAUGUUUCGGGGGUACCUCAAACCAUCAUUCUCUCGGGUUUAUUUCCCCCGCCCUCCUUUCAUUGGCCGAAAAUAACGUCGGAUGCCGUGAACGGACAUGCCAAAACACCCGCCUGUUUGCAUGAUGAUAACUUCUUACACUUGAAGAACUUUUAUAUCUGUUUUAAUAAGGUUUAAUUUAUUACUGGGGGGUUUUUUUUGGGUGUGUGUGGGGGGGGUUGUUAGGGAUUUUAUUAUUUUUCUCGUGAUGGGAUAGAAACACGCUGCAUGUGGUAAACAUGGUCACCGUAUUCUAGCUGUGCAAAACGUCUUCUACUCAGGCUUCAGGUCAUUUCAGAGUAUUUUGAAAAUUGCUAGAACCCGGCAGGUUUAGGAUUUGGUUCCCCCAAGGGAAAAUGAUCUGAACCGUCUCCUCACGGCUGAUAAAAUGAUGCAGCGCUUACUCUCUUCGUUAAAGCAACUCCAAGUUUACCUCGGAUGUCUGAGCUCCAAAAACGUGGAAGCCGAGCGACUCAAAGUGCAUCAGAUUAUAUAUUAUAUAUAUAUAAUUAGUUUAGAGAUGGAUUUAACUCAUCAGAAAUAUUGUUAUCCAACCAUUUUGUUAAUAUGGACUGGAAACUUUGGUGGAAGUUUGGUGGGGCAGAAAAAGAAAUUCCUUUUUCUGAAAAUCAUGCAUCCGCUUCAGAGCCAGGAAACCUCGGAUUCUAGAUAUUGUUGAAGCCAGGAAGAUGAGUAGAGGAAUCCAGAAAAGUUAAGAUGUUAUCUCGAUGGUGGGCUCACUCUGAAUGAACUACAGCUCCCAACAACCACCGCGGUUGUCUCUGGAGAUACUCCAUCAUCCAGGUCAUGGUUUUCCCAAAGGCGUUUUUUCCAAACGUCAACUGGGCUUUCUUGUUGUUUUUUAAUUCCUUUGAAAAAUUUUCGUUUCUCAUCCUAGAAGCUUCUUCAGUUCUCAAAGAAGUGACCAGAAGAAGCUUCUUGGAUGAGAAGUGAAACAGAAGCGAAACCAAGCACCUGAGGGCAGGGCGAGGAGCCAUGGAUGGAAACUAAUCAAGGAAAGAAGCAACCUGGGAUUAAGGAGAAAUUUCCUGACAGUGGGAACAAUUAAUCAGUGGAACAACUUGCCUGCAGAAGUUGUCAAUGCUUUAACACUGGAAGUUUUUAGGAAGAGAUUGGACAACUAUUUGUCUGAAGUGGUGUAGGGUUUCCUUCCUAAGCAGCGGGUUGGACUAGAAGACCUCCAAGGUCCCUUCCAACUCAGUGGUGGGUUUCAAAUUUUUGUACUACUGGUUUUGUGGGCAUGGCUUAGUGUGUGUGGCAUGGCUUGGUGGGCGUAGCAGGGGAAGAUUACUGUAAAAUCUCCAUUCCCACCCCACUCCAGGGGAAGGUUACUGCAACAUCCCCAUUUCCUUCCAAUCAGCUGAGACCUGGGAGGCAGAGGCGGGGCAGUCAGAAUUGGGGGAGGGGCCAGUCAGAUGUGGGCGUGGCCAGUCCGAAUUUUUACUACCGCUUCUCCGAACUACUCAAAAUUUCCGCUACCGGUUCUCUGGAACUGGUUAGAACCUGCUGAAACCCACCUCUGUUCCAACUCCUAUUCUAUUCUGUUCUAUUCUAUUCUAUUCUAUUCUAUUCUAUUCUAUUCUAUUCUAUUCUAUUCUAUUCCUUUCAAAGAAAAAAACCCAAGAAAGUUCAGUUGCCUUUUGGGAAAAGCGCCUGUGGGAUCUCCCCCUUGUGGGCUCUUAAAUUCUUUCCACCAGAUUUUAAACCAUUACAAGCUAACCAAAAUGCAGGGAAGUCUGAAUCAGGACUGAAUUCCAUUUCUCCAAACAGUCAGACCCUAAACUCUAGAUCAAUCGUUUGUUUCCACCAGAUUUGUUCUUUUAACAACCCCAAGGUCCCGCUUCACACAUUAGACUAAGCUUUUGUCCUCUUGGCUAGUGUCAGUUAAAGUCCUCGACUUACGACCGUUCAUUUAGUGACUGUUCGAAGUUACAGCGGAACCAAUUAUUAGGUGGAACUGACUUCCCCAUUGACUUGUUAGCAGGUCACAAAAGGGGACCACAUGACCCUGGGACACUGCAACUGUCAUAAGUACAUGCCAGUUGCCAAGCCUCUGAAUUUUGAUCACAUGACCACAACGGUCGUGGGAAAAAAACGAUCAUAAGUCCCUAAAGGAACUGUUGUAAAACGGGGACUACCUAUACUAAAAUUAUUGAAAGUCACAGAAAUUGACCAUUAGAAUAAGCCUUUCAAAUCUUAACUGCCACUAAAGAGAGCAACAUCUACUCAAGAAGGGGGAUAUGAAAUAUAUUUAAAUGUUUACUUAAGAUUUAAGAUGGCUUAGUGUAUAUGUGCAAACACUUUUCAUGGAAUUGUGUGCAAAGCAAAGCAAAGCAACGCAACAGGGAUUUGGUUUGGAAAGCAAAUUGCUUGUAAACCGACCUCACUUACUGAAACCUUCGUGGAAAGUUUACGUAUUUUCUCAGCGUUUACAUCAAUAUUUGCCCCAGAUUGCAUUGUUACUACACUCAUUUUGAUAUUUUGCCAUACCUAUCACAUUCUUGGCUCACAGAGUUGCAAGUACCGCUCUGCUAUGCACAAUAAUACUUUUUCUUUUUUCUUUUUUUAAAUCCUUGUGGGUUAAAAAAAGGAAAUAACAGAAGGCUGGCAUGCACCGAAAAAAAGGCUAUAAUUAUUUUUCAUUUAGCCAUGAUUACUCGCUCUGUGCUUUUUCUCCUUUCGGAAUAUUAAUAUGCUGUUCUAGGGAAGGGAACAAUGCAUUAGCUAGACUAUCCCGAAUGCAGAAAAUUAGAUUUUUUGAAAAAGAGGGAGACAAAAAGCCACACUCCGUUUUUUAAAAUCCUUGAAAUAGAAUUUUCCCUGCUGCUUCCUUGUGAUUUAAUUUAAACCAUGUUCUACAUUUGCACAAAAAGUUAGUUCUUCUUUUUAACCUUGUUUUCAUAAUCUUUUUUUCUUUUCUUUUUUUCAGUCCAGAAAAUAAAAGGAAAGCCCUUUUAGAAAAAUUGUAUUCAGAGCAUCGAUAUCGCGGUUCCCCCCCCCCCCAAUGCAUACUAAGUCUUGGUUAUUUGAUUCAUAUAGUCCUAAUUUUUUCCCCCUCAAAGGUAGCAAGGGGAUGUUUACAAGAGUUUUUAAAAAGGCCAGAUGCUGGCUACAAUCAAGGACUAGGGGAUCCCAUCUUGAAAUUUAUUUUUGACUUUUUUCUCUGUGGAUACACCUGGAAGGUGAGUUGCCAGUUUAACACAGGUGGUCUUGAAAUUUAUUUUUGACUUUUUUCUCUGUGGAUACACCUGGAAG